UAGUGGGUGCCUGGUGAAUUUCUGUGGCUUUCACCAACAACUCCUGAGAAAGAGAGAAGAAGAGAGAACAAGAAAAAGUCAGUGAUGGAGGGAGGUUGAAUGAUUGUGUGUCAAGAGACGGGAUGUUAAGGUAGACUGCUACUUCAAAUGUUCUGGUGAUCUGUCCAAAAGCCCUUGAGUCCAGAAUUCAACUCCUAAGGCUUUCUCACAAGAGCAGCUUCGAAAAAAGGGGGGCUGAAACCAAUUCCGAGAGUAAAUAAACACAGAGGGUUUGCAGCAUGUUUCCUGUAUCAGGCUAUCUACAGUGCUGACUGGAUCAGAAAUCUGUGAAACAAUCUGUGCUAUCUACAGUAUGCUGCUGUCAAUGCAACUGUAGAUUUUUUUUUCUGUGUAAAGUAAUGAGAAGAGAUUUUCCCUGGAGCAUCGUAUGAGCCAAAGAAGAAAGAAAAGAGAGAAGUCACAAAAAAAGGACUAACCGAACCUGAAGGAGGCAAAAAAAAUUAUCCUGCUACAACCUCACUCAGGAGAUUGCUUUUUAACCCUUUGGUAGGACAGUGCUCCAUUCUUUUUUUUGCUUCUGUCCAUCUGUUUUUAGGUAUGGGCUGGCUGCUGAAUCUGAGCUAUCUGGCUGUAAUGGUGGCUGGAAUAAUUGGCACAGAGAGGAGGCAGCACCACGUGCAGCACGGCCGAUGUAGCUACACAUUCAUCCUGCCAGAGGUGGAGCAGUGCCCAUCACCUGGAAACUUCCGGGUGAGCAAUUCACUGCAGAGAGAUUCACCCUUAGCCCCCAACGCAGCCCAGACUGAGAAAAAGCUCGAAAGCCUGGAGAGUGCCACCGAGAACAACACACUAUGGCUGCAGAAGCUGGAGAGUUACAUCCAAGAGAACAUGCGGUUGGAGAUGGUGGAGAUGCAGAGGAAUGCCAUUAACACACAAACAGCCACCAUGCUGGAGAUCGGAACGAAUCUCCUCAGCCAGUCUGCAGAACACACACGGAAACUUACAAAUGUGGAGACCCAGGUGUUGAACCAAACAGGCCGACUGGAGAUCCAGCUGUUGGAGUACUCUCUGUCCACCAAGCGACUGGAGAAGCAACUCUUGCAGCAGACCCAGGAGGUGUCCCGCCUAAAUGACAAAAACAGCUACCUGGAGCAGCGUUUCACAGCCCUGGAGGCCAGACACAGUCAGGAGCUGCAGGCAAUCCAGCAGGAAAAGCAACAGCUGCAGGAGCUUCUGGACAGGCAGAGUCGCAUGGUCAGUGUGCUCGAGAGACAGCUGGCUGGCUCCACCCGCAACAGCACACUGCUCCAGCACCAGCAACCUACUCUCUCAGAGACACUGCAGCAGCUACUGGCCAUGAUCGCCCAGUGCAACGAUAUUACCAGCCUGUCUAAGGCAAAGACAGUUGUUUUCAGAGAUUGUGCCGACGUAUACAAGUGCGGAAUUACAGAGAAUGGAAUAUACAACAUUCAUCUCGCCAACAGCACACAGACAGUAAAGGUGUUCUGUGAUAUGAAAACUAGAGGAGGAGGUUGGACUGUUCUUCAGCAUCGCUUUAAUGGUUCAGUGGACUUCCACCGUAACUGGAAAGAUUAUAAAAUGGGAUUUGGAGACCCCUCGGGAGAACACUGGUUAGGAAAUGAUGUCAUCCACCUGCUCACCACGUCCAGAGACUACACUCUGAAGGUCCAACUUAAAGAUGUAGAAGGAAACCAGGCCUAUUCGCAGUAUGACCAUUUCUACAUUGAUGGAGAGGAAAAUAAAUAUUGUAUUCAUGCUGAAGGUUUUAGUGGUACAGCCGGUCGCACCAGCAGCUUGACCCACUCAGGUACCAUGUUUAGCACAAAGGAUCAGGAUAAUGACCGCUGCAGCUGCAAGUGUGCCCAGAUGGCUUCAGGAGGAUGGUGGUUUGAUGCCUGUGGGCCAUCUAAUUUAAACGGCAUCUACUACACUGGAAUCUCCAACGUGAUGCGCUACAAUGGGGUCAAGUGGUACUACUGGAAAGGACCAAACUCAAUAGUUACCCGAACCACUAUGAUGGUGCGUCCUGUGGAUUUCUAAAAAUAAAUGUCACCGAGACAUUUGGCUCUACAAACAGCAAAACUCCCUGAGUUCAUUUAAGAUCUAUGCUCCAUGCUCGUUUGUGUCCAGCUGCACUUACAUAAGCACUAGGUGUUAAUUCAACACUGGGGAAUUUGUGACAUAGACAGCGAAAGAGCGCCAAAGGGCUGUUGGGACAGCUGAGACUCACUGACAUUUUAUGCAUUUUUGGAAAUUGUGGAACACUAUAUGAUUAAAUCUGGCUUGUUUGUUCUGCUCUGGCAAAAAAAGAACCCAGCUGCUUCAUCAGUAUAUUAUUACCCUGUAUAUAAAAGCUCAUGCAGAUUAGAAUGCAAAGGACUGGAAUUUCACAUCAGAGUUUGCUUGUAUACUUGGCUAGUGAACAGAGCUCUUUGUAAAUAUAACACAUUCCUCCUCCCUUUCCUGUUCAUGACACCUUUCCAUUUGCCCCUUUUCUGACAUGCCUAUAAAGUUUAUGAGUGAAUACUCCCAUAAAAACUGCAUGAGAUACUAAAACAGGUAUAUGUUUAACAGUCACAUUAUUUACUAUAAAAAUGUAUAUUUGUAAUAAAAAAGGACAUAAAAUCGA